UCUCCGCUCCUCCCCCCGUGCUGCUUCCUACAGCUAGAAGGAUUCGCUCUCCUUGAAUGUGCUGCAGCUUCCUUAACUAAAGAGCCACCAUGAUCUCCACACGGCUCGCGCGCCUGGGUGCGCUGGCCCCCAAGUCCCGCCUUGUGCUGGCUACUCGGGGCUUGGCCACCGUCAGCGAUUCUCCUCUGGACAAGAAGGUCGAGAUGACCAACUGGGAGAAGGGCAACUACAUCAACUACAAGAAGAUGUCUGAGAACCUGAACAUUGUCCGUCAGCGUCUCCAGCGUCCUCUCACCUACGCCGAGAAGAUUCUGUACUCGCACUUGGACGACCCUCACGGCCAGGAGAUUGAGCGUGGAACGUCCUACCUGAAGCUCCGCCCCGAUCGUGUGGCUUGCCAGGAUGCCACUGCUCAGAUGGCCAUCCUGCAGUUCAUGUCUGCCGGCAUGCCUUCCGUCGCUACUCCUUCCACCGUCCACUGUGAUCACUUGAUUGAGGCCCAGGUUGGUGGUGACAAGGAUCUUGCCCGUGCCAACGACAUCAACAAGGAGGUCUAUGACUUCCUUGCCUCCUCCACUGGCAAGUACAACAUUGGUUUCUGGAAGCCCGGCUCUGGUAUCAUCCACCAGAUUAUCCUCGAGAACUACGCUUUCCCCGGUGGUCUGAUGAUCGGUACUGACUCGCAUACCCCCAACGGUGGUGGUCUCGCCAUGGCCGCCAUCGGUGUCGGUGGUGCUGAUGCCGUCGAUGUCAUGGCCGGUCUCCCCUGGGAGCUGAAGGCCCCCAAGGUCAUCGGUGUCAAGCUCACCGGCUCUCUCUCCGGAUGGACUUCCCCCAAGGAUAUCAUUCUCAAGGUCGCCGGUCUCCUGACCGUCAAGGGUGGUACUGGUGCCAUCAUUGAGUACCACGGACCUGGUGUCGACUCUCUUUCCUGCACUGGUAUGGGUACCAUUUGCAACAUGGGUGCUGAGAUCGGUGCCACCACUUCCGUCUUCCCCUUCAACGACCGCAUGUACGACUACCUCAAGGCCACCAAGCGUCAGCACAUUGGUGACUUCUCCCGCGAGUACGCCAAGGAGCUCCGUGAGGACGAGGGUGCCGAGUACGACCAGCUCCUUGAGAUCAACCUCUCCGAGCUCGAGCCUCACAUCAACGGUCCCUUCACCCCCGAUCUUGCCACCCCCAUCUCCAAGUUCAAGGAGGCUGUUGAGACCAACAAGUGGCCCGAGGAACUCAAGGUCGGCCUCAUCGGUUCCUGCACCAACUCCUCGUAUGAGGACAUGUCCCGUGCUGCCUCCAUUGCCCGUGACGCUCUCGACCACGGAAUCAAGUCCAAGGCUCUCUUCACCGUCACUCCCGGUUCCGAGCAGAUCCGUGCCACCAUUGCCCGUGACGGUCAGCUCCAGACCCUCGAGGAGUUUGGUGGUGUCAUCCUUGCCAACGCCUGCGGUCCUUGCAUCGGUCAGUGGGAUCGUCGCGACGUCAAGAAGGGCGACGCCAACUCUAUCAUCUCGUCGUACAACCGUAACUUCACCGGCCGUAACGACGCCAACCCGGCCACCCACGCCUUCGUCACCUCCCCCGAUCUGGUCGUGGCCCUGUCCAUCGCCGGUACCCUCAAGUUCAACCCUCUUACCGACAAGUUGAAGGACAAGGAUGGCAACGAGUUCAUGCUCAAGCCCCCCACCGGUGACGGUCUCCCUGCCGAUGGUUACGACCCCGGCCGUGACACCUACCAGGCCCCUCCCGCCGACCGCACCUCCAUCAACGUUGCUGUCUCCCCCACCAGCGACCGCCUGCAGAUCCUUGCGGGCUUCCAGGCCUGGGAUGGCAAGGAUGCCAACGGCAUCCCCAUCCUCAUCAAGUGCCAUGGCAAGACCACCACCGACCACAUCUCCAUGGCUGGCCCAUGGUUGAAGUACCGUGGCCACCUGGACAACAUCUCCAACAACAUGCUGAUCGGUGCCAUUAACGCCGAGAACGGCGAGGCCAACAAGGUCAAGAACAAGUACACCGGUGAAUACGAUGCCGUCCCUGCCACUGCCCGUGACUACAAGGCCCGUGGCAUCAAGUGGGUUGUCAUUGGUGACUGGAACUACGGCGAGGGCUCCUCCCGUGAGCACGCCGCUCUCGAGCCCCGCCAUCUUGGCGGUCUUGCCAUCAUCACCCGCUCCUUCGCUCGUAUCCACGAGACCAACCUGAAGAAGCAGGGUAUGCUCCCUCUCACCUUUGCCGACCCCGCCGACUACGAGAAGAUCCAGCCUGAGGACACCGUCGACCUGCUGUGCACCCAGCUCGCCGUCGGCGAGCCCAUGACCCUCCGUGUUCACCCCCAUGACGGCAGCAAGACCUUCGAUAUCCAGCUCAACCACACCUUCAACGAGUCCCAGAUCGAGUGGUUCCACGAUGGUUCCGCCCUGAACACCAUGGCUCGCAAGUCUGGCAAAAACUAGAUUCAAUACCCAAACAAGUUUCACCGGUUACCCUUAGCCCUUGGCUGAAAGUGAUCUCGGUGUGUAAAAUUAUGACAUUGUCUGCAAUUGAUCUCUGUUUUUAUGAGGGAAACCGGUGUUAACUCCUCGGCUUCUUAACGAUAUCUUUUUGUCAUCUGAACUGUUUCUUUCUUUUUUUUUUUUCCUCUUUC